AUGUUCAUGGAUGAUCAAGCCCUAGAUACGCUAUGUGUGAAAUUCGGUCAUGCUGUCACCGUCUCGGAUGAAAAUAACGGACCACAUGAAGGAAACAAUGAUUUAAUCGGAGGCAGUGGUGCCUCCGUUGACACCCAAGAAUCAGGCUUGUAUCCAGGGCAGGCUCUUCCAAUUUUCAAGAAAAUUGAAGAUUUGAGCAACAAAGUACAGAAUAUUAGAAUGGAGCAUACACUUUUGUGCAAUGAAGUUAAGGGCAUCAGUGCUGAUUCUUUACUUGGCUCCGAAGCUUUCACUACUUUACAAAAUCUUAGCACAGAACAUGAACUUUUGAAAAAGAAGUACAACGAGGAGUGUGAACUAUUGAAAAUGAAGUAUGUUGAAGAAUGCUCAGAAAGAAAGCGGCUCUACAAUGAAGUGAUUGAGCUCAAAGGAAAUAUUAGGGUCUUCUGUAGGUGUAGGCCACUGAAACAAGAUGAGAUUGAAAAUGGGUCUACUUCAGUCAUAGAUUUCACCUCGUCUCAGGACAAUGAGCUACAAAUCAUUUCCUCUGAUUGUUCCAGAAAGCAAUUCAAGUUUGAUCAUAUAUUUAGACCUGAGGACAACCAAGAGGCAGUUUUCCUUCAAACUAUGCCCAUAGUGACUUCUGUCUUGGAUGGCUACAACGUAUGCAUAUUUGCCUACGGGCAAACGGGUACUGGCAAGACAUAUACAAUGGAAGGAACGCCAGAAAAUAGGGGCGUAAAUUACAGGACUUUGGAGGAGCUUUUCAAAAUAUGUAAUGAUAGGAGCAGUAUUAUGAGAUACAAAUUGUUUGUCAGCAUGUUAGAGGUCUACAAUGAGAAGAUAAGAGAUCUUCUAGUUGAUAAUUACAACCAACCUGCUAAGAAGUUGGAGAUAAAGCAAUCGCCUGAAGGUACUCAGGAAGUUCCAGGGCUUGUUGAAGCUCAUGUUUCCAGUACAGAUGAAGUUUGGGAACUGCUCAAGUCAGGAAGUCGAGUAAGAUCUGUUGGAUCCACAAAUGCUAAUGUGCUCAGCAGCCGUUCUCACUGCUUGUUGCGAGUGACCUUUAUGGGAGAGAAUUUAAUAAAUGGUCAGAGAACAAGAAGCCAUUUAUGGCUGGUUGACUUGGCAGGAAGUGAGCGUGUCGGAAGGAUUGAAGUUGAAGGUGAAAGGUUGAAGGAAUCACAGUUCAUAAACAAAUCCUUAUCAGCAUUGGGGGAUGUUAUCUCUGCUCUCGCAUCCAAAACAUCUCACAUUCCAUACAGGCAUCUCUCUCCCUCUCUGAUUUUGUCUGUCUGUCCAUGUGUUUAUGUGCUAUUCCAUUUUUCUAGUCUAAUCAUCGAUUUCUUUUGGAUAAACAGGAACUCGAAACUCACUCAUAUGCUGCAGAGUUCUCUUGGAGGAGAUUGCAAGACUUUGAUGUUUGUCCAAAUCAGCCCCAGUGCUGCUGACUUAGGAGAAACCCUUUGCUCAUUGAAUUUUGCAAGUCGUGUCCGAGCAAUUGAGAAUGGGCCUGCUCGCAAGCAGUCGGAUCAUGCAGAGCUUUUCAAGUACAAGCAGCUGGCAGAAAAAGCUAAGCAUGAUGAGAAGGAAACGAAGAAGUUGCAGGAUAGUAUGCAGUCUUUGCAAUUGAGGCUUGCUGCCAGAGAACACAUUUGCAGGAGUCUUCAGGAGAAGGUUCGGGAUCUUGAAAACCAAUUAGCAGAGGAAAGGAAAACAAGAUUAAAACAAGAAAAUAGAGCUUUGGCCUCUAUUUCUACUCAAUCCUCUGCUGCCUUGUCAUCUCUAAACCAAACACAGAAGAUCACAGCAGACAAGAAACCACCUUUGGCUCCUACAAAAAUGAGGUUGCCACUUCGAAGAAUUACUAAUUUUAUGCCAGUGGCAUCUCCUGCUCCUCCCGCAAACAAAACCAGUAAGUCAUUUCUCCCAGUUGUGGAUGAGUACAAAGAAAACACCUCAAUGGCAUCAGGGACUGCAAAUAAGGGAAAGACAACGUUGAGAGCAAGACGUGGCUCCAUUGCUGUAAGAUCAACCCCUUCAGAAACGUGUAAGGUUGUUCAGCCCACACGAAGAGCUUCCAUUGCAACCCUCCGGCCCGAAUCCAAUGCAAACAUGAGAAUUCCACUGCAGAGAUCAACUGCUCAGGUAAGGACUGAUCGUGUUAUGGGCAGACAAUCGUUUGUGUGGGAUCCACAAAGAGUAUGGCAUACAUCAAGAGUGUCUUCUCCAUUACCACAGAGGGAAACGUCAAGAGUGGCAUCGGUAGAAGCAACACCAGUUGGCCCUAGAAGUAGCAGAUUUCGGGGCAGUCCACCUACACAGCCAGGUUCAUGGAUACCUAAGCAUCCUACAGUCAUAGCAUUACAAAAGAAACAGGUAGUGUGGAGUCCACUCAAGUUGAGAGGCCUGAAAACUAACAAUAGGAAGUCGUUACUGUCCACAUGA